GGAAAUUUUUGGUAAUUUUCCUCUGGUGAUUCCCCUAAAUAAUUUUUAAAAAGUUUCACUGGGAGAAGCAAAAAAACAAAAAACAAAAAACAAAAAAACCUGGCCCAACUCCAAAAUUAAAAAAAAAAAAAAAAAGACGGGUUUGAAAGGGAUUUUCGAAUGUGUUUGUCAUACAUAAGCUGCAUUUUAAAAAAUAACACUAGUUUUACUUGUAGCUUCUGGGUUGGAUGUCCUGAUUAAAAUGGUUUUUCCUAACGACUUCAUGUUUUACAUUUGUAACUGACUAAAGCGCUUCCAGCUUUCGUAGGUGAAUCCGGCUCCAGGUCCGCAGGGGCUGGGUGUCCUUGCCCCCUGCCCCCUACCCCUGGGAGUCUUGCGCUACUGGGGUGUUGGGAGGGUAGUCGCGGGCAGUUUUUUGAGCUGUGUCAGGGGGCCUAUUGGCAGCUGAAGCGGAAGUAGGUUUGGUCUCUGCGGCGCCCGAGGGUCCACAGUCCGGCUUUCAGUGGAGCAAAUGUACUCAGCGGCCACGCCCAUGGGGUCCAGGCCUGCCGCACGUAACUGCCACCCAGCGCCAUGUGGGCUGUUUGCCCCAACGAGGGUGAGUUUACUAUCUGAAGAGACACGCAUGUGCCUCUGUGAAGUUGUAGGGGCUGAGGCUUCUGGAGCACGAAGUUCGGUUUGGGCUGCACGCCCCUGGCAGGACGGAAGCGCACAGAGGUUUCCAGCCUGCUUGCCUUGGAAGCUGCUUCGUGAUGCGUCCGAUGUUCUCCUCCAGUUCCUUGUUCGGUCCGGAGUAGUUCCAGCUCUGGUUUUCCGCUGCGUCAGGUCCAGCCGUGUCCAGCAAGGCUGGGCGGCGUUCCCGGCCGAGAUCCAGCAGGAAGAGCUGGCGGCUGCCCGGGCAAGCUCACAGAGUGGUUGGGGGAGACCGAGCAAAAUUACCUGCAAAGGUAACAUGGAUUCCAGGUAGCCUAGAAACGGGCCAACGACACCAUAGAAUGAGAGGAAGCUGGUUGGGCCAGAUUGGGAAACAGAUAUAUGUUUUUGCUUUACUUACUGUAAAUCAGUGAAGUUGUCACCAGAAAUGUUAUGGAACUUGGAAAGAGGAAACUGGCAGGAGGACAGAAGCUGGGGAUCAGAACUCCUCUACUGGAAAGGAAUCUGAAAGAAAUGAAGAAAACCAUCAGAAAUGAAUUCAGUAGCCUCACGGCCUGUCGACUGGACUAGACUAUUCUUACUGCUGUUCCUUGGGUUGACACUGUACAGGAUGUCUGCGGAGGUCUUCCAUCAGGUCGAAGAAUCACUUGACGAAGAAGAGAAGGAGAUGCUUCUUUUUUUGUGCCGGGAUGUUGCUGCAAAUGUGGUUCCACGUAAUGUCAGGGACCUUCUGGAUAUUUUAAGAGAGUCAGGAAAGCUGUCUUCUGUGAGCCUGGCUGAGCUGCUCUACAGAGUAAGGCGGUUUGACUUGCUCAAGAAGAUCCUGAAGAUGGACAGACAGACAGUGGAGACCCUCCUGCUCGGGCACCCUCAUCUUAUUUCGGACUAUAGGGUGCUGAUGUUGGAGAUUGGUGAGGGUCUGGACAAAUCUGAUGUGUCCUCAUUAAUAUUCCUCAUGAGAGAUUAUAUGGGCCGAGGCAAGAUAGCCAAGGAUAAGAGUUUCUUGGAUCUUGUGAUUGAAUUGGAGAAACUAAAUCUGGUUGCUCCAGAUCAGUUGGAUUUAUUAGAAAAAUGCCUAAAGAACAUCCACAGAAUAGACCUGAAGACAAAAAUCCAGAAAUACAAGCAGUCUGCUCAGAGAGCGGAAACAAAUUAUGUAAAUGCUCUCCAGGCAUCUCUCCCAAACUUGAGUCUUAAGGAUACUUCAUAUAACCUAAGGCUCCAGAAUGGGAGGAGUAAAGAACACAGACUCCUGAUGGGACAACCUGACAUUAAAAGAGAACCAGUGAAGACAUCCAUUCAGGAAUCAGAAGCAUUUUUGCCUCAGCACACACCGGAAGAGAGGUACAGGAUGCAGAGCAAGCCCCUAGGAAUCUGCCUGAUAAUUGAUUGCGUUGGCAAUGACACAGGCAUUCUUCGGGACACCUUCACUUCCCUGGGCUAUGAAGUCCAGUCUUUCUUGUAUCUGAGUGUGGGCGAUAUCAUCAACGUUCUUCGCAAGGUGGCCCGGAUGCCCCAACACCAAGACUAUGACAGCUUUGUGUGUGUUCUGGUGAGCCGAGGGGGCUCCCAGAGCGUGUUUGGUGUGGAUGAGACUCACUCAGGAUUCCCUUUGGAUCAUAUCCGAAGGCUGUUCAUGGGAGAUGUAUGCCCCUCUCUCUUAGGGAAGCCAAAGAUCUUUUUUAUUCAGAACUAUGUGGUGUCAGAGGGUCAGCUGGAGGACAGCAGCUUCCUGGAGGUGGAUGGGCCAUCAGUGAAAAACGUAGAAUCGAAGGCCAGGCAGCCCGGGGCCUGCACCAUUCACCGAGAAGCUGACUUCUUCUGGAGCCUGUGCAAAGCGGACGUGUCCCUGCUCAAACGGCCCUCCACCUCCUCGUCACUGUACCUGCAGUGCCUCUGUGAGAAACUGGGGAGAGAAAGAAAAUGCUCACUCCUGGAACUCCACAUAGAACUCAACAGCAAGGUGUAUGAUUGGAACAGCAGAGUGUCUGCUAAGAAGAGGUACUAUGUCUGGCUGCAGCACACCCUGAGAAAGAAACUCAUCCUGUCUUGCACAUGAGAAGCCAAAGGCCCUCCUUAGCCCUGCAGUCUCCAUCACUAGCCAGGCGGUAGUUUGCAAGUAGGUGUGUGUAUACACGUAGGUGAGGUGAGGUCCUGGCCGGUGCUGAAAUGACCCUCUCUGAGGAAUGCUGGAUGGGAGAGGGUGGCUGAAGCAUGGCUUCUGAAGUGAAGGUGUUGGCCUGUACUGCUGACAUAGCUCUCCAGGUCAGCGUUUUUUGGGAAGGAAACAGCUUUGAAAUUUUAAAAACCAGGUACUGGUUGAAUUGGGCAUCUCAGGAUUGCAUUUUGCCUUUCAUGGUCACCACCAAGUAAAGCCACAGAAAUAAGCACUUAGGGUAGCGGCGCCGGAGGCUGCGUUCCACAGGCGCUGAGGAGACGUGAGGAGGAGCGCGACCCCCGGCCGCGGCCGCCCCUG